AUGCUCGGUGCGCACGGCAGCCCUGGUGUUUGGCCAGCGAGAAGUCCUAGUUACCCUUGGGGUAUGGGUUUCGCGCACUAUGUUCAACAAGUCGAUCCCUGUGUUAGUCGUCAAUCCUUCGUUAUUCUCCAAGUUCAGCACCAGGGCCCGGAUAGCAGAUCAGCAGGGCAUUCCAACGCUGCGGCAUAUGCCAAUAGUGUCCUGGGUGCUAGAACGCAGAAAUACCCGGACCAUCUGGAUGUCAUGAUUGCCAUUACCGGAUGGGCACCGAAUGCGAAUUGCAAUACUGGUAGUGGACGGCCUUUGCUGGGAUACUUUGUUGGCCAGCGAGUUGGAGCAGAGUUUCCUUUCAUCCUUGGGUUAAACAAUAUCACACCCGUACUUAGCAUUCGAGAGCCAAAGCCUUUCGGAGCAGCCGUUGCUAUGACACCGACAACCCCAAUGUUUCAAAUUGAAGGAGUCACACCGGAAGCGCAAACCCGACCAUCUGAUCCUGAGCUGAAGCGUGUCCGGAUUACCUUAUGUGCUUUGAGGGCGUGUUUGGAGAAACUGAACACCCACGUCGACAACUCAGUCGCACUGACAUCUCCGGGAAAUCCACAUUUCGCAUCUGAUGAGUUCGCUGGCCUGGUGAAGCUAACAAGGGGGCGAACAAACAUCACCAUCGACUCAGAUGAUAAUCACGACGAGUCGGGAGGGGUAUGA